AUGGCUGGCAGCGCUGGAUCAACCCCUACGGCCAUGUCGCCGCCGGCCACAGCCGAUAUCAAGCCUACUAUCAUACGUCGCCCCUCACUUAUCAUGAAACCUGCUCAGACCCCUCCCGCAGGCUCCCCACCACCAAACAGUGCAGGUACAAUGAGCUUGACCUCAAAGGAAUGGAUCAUUCCUCCCCGUCCUAAGCCCGGACGCAAACCAGCAACAGAUACGCCACCAAGUAAACGGAAAGCACAGAACAGGGCAGCUCAGAGGGCGUUCCGGGAGAGGCGGGCGGCACGUGUCAAUGAGCUGGAAGAUCAGAUCAAGCAGAUCGAGGAUGAGAACGACAGAGAGACUGAUGCGCUCCAUUCUCAAGUCGCACAUUUGGAGAAAGAGGUGGAGCAGUAUAGAACAGAUCUAAACACAUGGGCUGAGCGGUGUCGGAGGCUGGAAGCUGAGCUGAGCAAUCUCAGAUCCUCUCGAAGCCCGCAGAAAACGACGAGUCACGCGGGUGACACGAGCGUGGGUUGCGGCAAAUGCACCCUCGAGUCAAGGUGCCAGUGUAUCGACGAUGCUUUCGAUACGCUGGGGGCGCAGGCUCAAUCUACAGCCGAGAAGCGACCACGUUCACCUGCACCGACCGGCUCAGGAAAGCGGAUCAAAACCGAACCGCGAGAGUCCCUCGAGAUCGACUUUACCGCCAUGUUUUCCAGACCCUCCACUUCCCGGGCCGAGGAUAUCUCACCUUCGUCCGCCACCGUCGUCGCUGACCCUUGCGGCUUCUGCUCCGAUGGUACGCCUUGCAUUUGUGCCGAGAUGGCUGCUGAGCAGGAAGCGGCACGUUCUGCUACCCACCCCCCCCAACCAACUGCCACUCGCCUCCCCCGUCUCUCACAAUUCACUCCACCCCCAUCAGAAGGCGACGUAUCCAUGCCCUCAACCUCUAUCCCAGCCAGCGAAGUGUCUUCCACAAACCCUUGCGCAAACGGCCCCGGCACCUGCGCACAGUGCAAGGCAGACCCCAACAGCACCCUCUUCUGCAAGUCUCUCGCCGCCUCCCGCUCGCAGUCUCAGUCACAGCCUCUCUCUGGCGGUGGCUGCUGCGGUGGCCGCGAUCGUGCAGGCGGCUGCUGCCAGUCCCAAUCGCAGCCCUCAGACGAUCCCGCCACAGCCGCCGUUCCCCUCCCGCCACGGAGCCGCAAGACGCGCUCAUCAGCACGCUCUGCAGCCGCUCCAGCAUCUCCAGCGCGAGCAUCGUCCACGUCGACCACAGCGGCAGCGGCAGGAGCACCACACCGCACCGUCACCCUCACUUGCGCCGACGCGUACACCACGCUCUCGCGCCACCCAGCGUACGAGCGCGCGUCGGCCGAGAUCACGAGCUGGAUGCCAAAGCUGCACGCAUCCGACAGUCCCGCGCCAAUGAGCGGGCGGGCUGCGGCGAUGGAGGUGGGCGAGGGUAAAGGGGGCCGGGGUCGAAGCGCGGCUGUGACAGCCGAGCCACCCCGGCCGGCGAUGGAGAUCGAUGCCGCGAACGUGAUGGCGGUACUGCGCGAUUUCGAUCGUAGGUUUGGCCGAAAUGGGUAG